UCGCCUUGUUCAACUCGUUAUUGCAAACAUUAAACUCAAAUAUACUACCAUUUCCUACAAGAGAAAGAAGGCGUUGCGCUGCUUACGCAUUCAAGACCCAGAAAUGGCUAUCCCAUCGUGUUGCUUGAAAGCCUUCGAAUGGGACGGCACGCCUACGGGCCGAACCGACAAGCUUGCCAACAAUGACGUUUACAUCGCCGGUGACAACCCUGAUGCCGCGAUCGUCAUCGUCCACGACCUUCUAGGCUGGACUUUUCCCAACGCACGUCUCUUAGCGGAUCACUACGCUCGCGAAGCCAAUGCGACGGUUUACCUGCCCGACUUCUUCGGCGGUUGGAUUGUACCCUUUGAGCCGGUGCUUCAGGGCCGAUGGCACGAGUUGGACCUGUCGAGUUUUGGAAGGGACAAUUCACGAGAGAUUCGAGAGCCUGAAAUCACCAACUUUGUCAAGGAGCUUCGCAAGAAGCACAAGAAAGUCGGAGCUAUUGGGUUUUGUUAUGGAGGUUGGGCGGUGUUCCGCCUAGGAGCCAAAGAACAUAGCCCCCCGUUGGUCGACUGCAUCGCGACUGGUCACCCUAGCUUGCUGACCAAGGAGGACAUCGAUGGCGUUGGGGUUCCGGUGCAGCUGUUGGCUCCCGAGUUUGAUGUGCAGUUCACCCCCGAACUCAAGUCACAUUAUUUCGAAACUAUGAUGAAGAAGGGUGUGCUGUUUGAGUAUCACCACUAUUCCGGCGUUGAGCAUGCUUGCCUGACUAGAGGAGAUCCCGAAAAGCCUGGAGAGAGGGAGGCGAUGGCUUUGGCGAAGUCAGCUGCGGUGAGAUGGUUUAUUCAACAUUUGCACUGAAGAUACCGGAACGAGGAAAGAAUGGAAGAAAAGAGAUUGGAAGGGAGUAUGAGGUCGACAGAGGUAGGAAACGCGGCAAUUGAGGUAGGGCAGGAUUUGAAGGGCCUUGUCUAGCAGUCAUACCCAGAACACAGGUCUCGCGAUAGAGCUGGUCCUAGCCAUCCGGUGAUGCGCUGUUGACUCAAUACAUAGGUCCAGUCUACACCGCUUCAAGUGAUGAC